ACAGCACCUAAAUCCAGCAUCCGUUUCCUCCGUUAGCCUGUAGAGGGCGCUGGUAAACGCACAACUCCGUAUGAAUGGGUUUUAUUUUCGGCCUGCUUUAAGCAUACAUUCUUACAGGCAGCGAGACAGAUAUUUGUUUUAAACAAAAGCAACGUUUGUUUGUGUUUUGUUUCAGUAAAUUGUGUAUUAGCUGUAGUUUAUAUUUUAAACCCUUCGGGUUUUUUUCACAACCUCUUCGACCGCAUGCUAACCCUUGUGUUUAGCGAGCUAGCUGUUAGCAGCUAAAGUUUCUCUGGAAUUGUUUGAAAGUGUGAAGCAUCAACAAAGGAUGAACAUGUGGCGGAGGUUUGAGUGAGUCUGAGAUCGACAUGGAGCUGAAUUUUUACUCGGAUCUGUCGGAUGGCUGUGCUCAGAAUGUGGAGUUUCUGGACAGCCAGCCUUAUGGUGGAUUCUCAGAGGACAACAAGUUUACAGAAGCAGGAGACCGUUAUCUCUCCAUGAGCGGUGAAAGUCACUCGUUUUUGUCAGCGGAGCAGACAUUCCACACUCCUAGCCUGGGGGAUGAGGUGUUCGAGAUUCCUCCCAUUUCCCUGGAUCCAGACCAGGCUUUGAGCAUCAGUGAUGCCCACUUUGAGCUGUCAGAUGGGGCUGGUGUCUCCUCAGGCUCCAAGAGUCUCGUUAGUAACCUUGUUGCCGAGGCCAACGACCCAUCCUUUGCCUCCACCUUCAUCAACUCUGGAUCUCAUGGUCUGGAGCACAUGAACCUUGGAGCCGUCCACCAGGGUGGAGGCACCGCCCUCCUGAGCUCAUCAGCUCUGGAACUUGGGAACUCCACUGGCUCACACUUCAGCAGUUCGUCUCCGAUGACCAUCGAUGUGCAGCUCGCUGACAUCGGGCCGGGUCUUCUUGGAAGCAGCCAGCUUGCCACAAUUAACCCGUCGGAGCUGGCUCUGGGUCUCUGCGGCGACAACAUUGGGCGCCAUCCGGAGAUGCCUGAGCAGCCAUUGUCAGCGACGCCGUCGCCUGCUGGCUCUUUACAAGAUGAGGAUAUGAACGACUUUAGGAGAAGUGUGUUGGUGGAAGCCCCCAUGUCUCUGUCCUCGUCCCCCCUGCUCUCCCACAUGCCCUUCCACCCAACCCCGCCGUCCUCCGCUCAACCCGCCGCGGCCCGAAGAGGCCUCGGGAAGCCUGCCGCUGCAACCGAGGCGCCGAAGAAGGGAAGAAAGAAGAAGGAUCCCAACGAGCCGCAGAAGCCCGUGUCGGCGUACGCUCUGUUCUUCAGAGACACUCAGGCUGCCAUCAAAGGCCAGAACCCUAACGCCUCCUUCGGGGAGGUGUCAAAAAUCGUGGCGUCCAUGUGGGACAGCCUGGCUGAGGAUCAGAAACAGGUUUAUAAAAGGAAAACGGAGGCGGCUAAAAAGGAGUAUUUGAAAGCGCUCGCCGCGUACAAAGCUAACCAGCUCUCUCAGCCUUCCUCUGAGGAGAUGGAGUCUGCUCCUUCACCUCCACCAUCAUCCCAUCCAACCCCGCCCCCACCUGGUAACUACUCCCUCCACCCAGCUCUAGCUAGCACCAGCGUGGACGUCAACACCCUCGCCAGUGUUUGUUCUUCCAACAUCAUCCUGGACGUUCCCGAGGUGACCAUGGCGGGAGCCGGCGCCACGGCGCCCGCGGCCCCUACCAUCACCAAGAUCAUAAUCCCCAAGCACAUCCUUCAGGGAGGGGGCCAGGUGCUGACCGUGCUACCUGGAGGGGUCCGUUCCCUGCAGCCCACCCUGGUGGUGGCGGGCGCCACCCGGCAGCCCCCGCCGCUGCAGCAGAUGCUGACUGCGCCGCCUCCCCCUCGGCUCCAGCAGAUGGCGCCCGCCCCCCCGCCGCUGCAGGCCAAACCCCGGGAGGGAGGCCCCGCCUCAGCACAACCCGCGUCCAUCACGGCGACUCCCCCACCUCCACUUCAGAUUAAGAUUGUGCCCGCAACAAUUCAGGACAAAGGCGAUGUUCUGCUGCACGCCGUGAGCGCUUCUGCCCGAUCGGAGGAGGCGGCGAACUUUGCAGAGACGGCAGGAAAUACAGAUGAUGAUGUCACCGAAGUGCUGCAUUCAGAAGAGGAAGAGAUGGAGGUGAGUGGAUACGAUGAUGUGAAGAGUCUGUGCGUGAGGGCCGGCUGCAAUAACCCCGCUGUGGACAGUGAAGACUGGGACAGAGAGUACUGCAGCAACGAAUGUGUGGCCACUCACUGCAGAGAUGUGUUUCAGGCGUGGUGCUCCAUCAAGAAUCAGUCUGUGGCAACAGUGAAGUGAUGCUGUUGAGAACAGUCAGGAAAACAGACCAGCCUAUUGGGUAAAUGUAUGCAGAAUGGGCGGGGCCAGAUGCACCAAACACCAGUUUCUUUGAAUGUGAACUAAGGCAGAAAAGUAUUUUUGAUAGAUUUCUUAAAAAAUGCAUGUAUAUGAAUCUUUGGGUCAUUUAUUGUAAAUUUGUAUGCAUGUAGUUAUUUUUUUUUUUUGCACAUUAAACCACCAAACGAGAAGCACAUUUUUUACUGUACCAGUAACCUAGAAACAGAAAGGGAGUCAGUUUUCUACUUAGUCGUACAUUAAAUGAAUAGCUCAAUUGGGGAAAAAAAUGGAUGAGUGGGAGCAAAUAACACAUUUUUUAGCAGAGUUUAGUUUAAUAAAAGUUGAUAUAUGUGCAAGAAAAUCUCAAAAACAUUCCUUAUUUAAAGUCAUUAUUCUGCAUAUUUACUUAAUGUUACAAUAUUGUCAAACUGAAUUUCAUGCCCUAAAACUGCCUUAAACUAUUGUGUUAAUGUAUCUGGCCCUUUAUUUAUGGUACAAAUAUAUGGUUCAUUCAGCAGCAUUUUUUUUUUUUUUUAAUUGACUGUUUUCUAAGAGGACAACAACAACAUGCUCUGAUGAAGAACUACUGAGAACUACUAUUACAUUCAUACAUGUGUGACAGAAAAACCUUCAGUGUUUGAAAAAUGUCCUGCCUUUAUGUUUGUACCUUAACUUAAAUCUUUACAGGACUGGACGGCAGCUUGAGAAGUCUUUUUAUAUUUUCCUUAAAGUUCAUGGAAACACGUGAUCAUUUCAACUUUUUAGAACCACAUUUGUGUACAGCAGUCCACAUUAUCGCCUGCUCAGAACAUGUUUUAUAACCAACUGUUACACAUCUUGUUUUGCUCUACAUGUUUGGUAUUGAUAGUAGCUAUUUCUUUAUGAAAAUAUCUACAUCAGAUAGUUUAAGAAUUUUCAAUUUUUCUUAAUAAAUGGAAAAAACCUUAAA